CAGAGAUUGACAGACUCUAUGCUUUUUCCUUUACUUCAAACGACAAUAUGGAGAAGACCUACGGGUGGGAUAUGUUUGAUCUACAGUCAGACUUUCAGCGAAUGGGUGUCUCUAACCAGAACUGGGUGGCCACACAUCUGAACAAGCUGUAUGAGUUGUGUGAUACCUACCCCAGCCUGCUCUAUGUUCCUGCAUCUGCAACAACACAUGUCCUUGUUGGAAGUUCAAAGUUCAGGAGCAGAGGGAGGCUACCAGUGCUGUCCUAUCUGCAUUCGACCAACCAGGCUGCCCUUAGUCGAUGCAGCCAGCCCUUGUCUGGAUUCUCUGCCCGCUGUAUGGAGGACGAGAAAAUGUUAGAGUCCAUUAUGAAAUCCAACCCUAAGUCCGAUGUCAUGUAUGUAGUGGACACACGUCCUAUGAUUAAUGCCGUGUUUAACUUGGCACAAGGAAAGGGGUAUGAAAAAGAGAGCUUUUACAGUAACAUCAAAUUCCAGUUCCUGGGAAUUGAAAACAUCCAUGUCAUGAGAUCAAGCCUGCAAAAAUUGAUGGAAACCAUCAUUGACACAUCAGUUUUCAUUGCCAAUGCAAUAGCUGAUGGUAUCAGUGUGCUUGUGCAUUGCUCUGAUGGCUGGGACAGAACUGCCCAAACUUGUUGCCUAGCUCAGCUGAUGUUGGACCCUUACUACAGGACACUGCAGGGAUUUAUGGCUUUGAUUGAGAAAGAAUGGCUGUCAUUUGGACACAAGUUCACUGAUCGUUGUGGAUUUCUGGACAGUGUAGACCCAAAAGAAACAUCCCCAGUAUUUACCCAGUUUCUGGAGUGUGUUUGGCAGAUUAUGCACCAAGUCCCUUGUGCUUUCCAGUUCAAUGAAAGAUUUCUUUAUACAAUCCAUGACCAUGUGUAUUCAUGCCAGUUUGGCACAUUUAUUGGCAACUGUGAGAAGGAUAGGCUUGAUCUGAGGUUGUUUGAAAGAACCUACUCCUUGUGGGGCUACUUAUCUUAUCAUUCCAAUGAGUUUCUCAACCCUUUGUACAAGAAGACAUAUGAGAUGAAACUUCCAGUAAUCAUUCCAAGCACCUCACCUCAGGCUAUCAAGUUUUGGAAGGGCAUGUACAACCGGUUUGAGAAUGGACUUCAGCCACGAGAGCAUAUCAUGGAAAUCAUUAGUGCAGCCAAAGACCAUAGUUCAUCUCUAGAGGACCAUGCCCAGCUGCUGGAAAAGAGAGUCACCCAGAUAUGCAGGCUUCUUGGGAAAUCUGAUGAAACUAUUUAUAGAAAACUACAGGGCUUUCCUUCCAUGGAUUCUAUAGAUGGCUUCCUAAGCAGCCAUAUUGGUGAUGCAUCUAUCAUAUCCAAAUCUUCCUACCAAGAUGACAGUUUUCACAAACGUCCUUCAGACACUGACUCCCAUUUCAUUGGUCGAUAUCUUCAUUUAGAUGGUCUGACCAGCAAUCAUGUAAAAAGCGACUCUGAAUCCGGCUUUGAUGAAUCCAGUUCUCAGAUGUCUAGGUCUGGAUUUGACGAUGGGGGAUUUUACCUUGGAAUGGAUGCAUCCACAGUUAAAAGGUCGCACAGUGCAGACCACAUCACCAUGGAACAGCUGAUUACAGAGAUGAAGAGUGUGGCGAUUGUUUGGAAGUCUUUCUGUAAAGUUCAAACCUGCUCCUGUGCCACUCCAUUGGAAUAUCAUGUGAAGAAGUUCCACUGCUGGAAGUGUGGAGACAUAUUCUGCAUUCGUUGCAUUGCCAAGAAAGUUCCUUUGCCAGGGCAUUUUCACCGCAGACCUGUUCCAGUCUGCAAGCCAUGCUACAAGGAGAUUAUGAAGUUGCAAACCAGUUGA